AUGAUUAGGGCUAUUGGACUUUAUCGGUUUCUAGAGGAAAAUGAAGACUCUAGAAAUAAUUCGUUACUGUGGCAAGAAUUCGAGGCAGGUGUUUGCUUUGGGUUUGGUCUUUUUAAUUUAUUGUUAGCUUCAAUUCCUGCAAAGCUUGCAAUAUUUUUGCAAUUAGCUGGGCUAAAUGGGGACAAGUGCUCAAAAUUUGAUGGCACUCUACGAUCACCCUUCGCUUCAUUUUCCAUAUUAUUCUAUCAACUAGUUGUAGUAGCUCUUAUUGGAGUUGAAAGAAUAGAUUUGGGGUUGUGUGAAAGGAUAUUUACUAAAUUGAAUGGAAAAUAUUCAAAAGGUGCCAUAAUUCUCUUCUUGCGCGCUCGCUACCGUCUAUUGAAUGGAGGGCAUAUAGACGAAUCAGUUCAACUUUAUUGGCGUUCAAUUCGUUCCCAAUCAGAAUAUAAACAAUUUCACCAUAUCUGCCAUUGGGAAUUGGCUGUAACAAAUAUCUUUCUAUUGCAUUGGACUAGGGCAGCUUGGCACGCCAAUAAACUUUAUGAAGAGAGUAAAUGGUCAAAAUCUAUUUAUGCCUAUCUUUUGGCUGUAUGUAUUGAGGCUGAUAAAAGUGGUGAUAUUUCAAAAAAUAUCUAUUAAAAGAGAAGGUGAAAGC